AUUAAGUACAUAACUGACUUGCAUUAGUUUCAUUCAUGAAAAAAUUACAAGCAGUUCACUAAAACGUAGUUUUUAUUCAAUGGAGCCCGUAAUGCAUAAAUUGACAACUAUUGUGGAAAUAAUCACUUUAUUUGCUCAGCAGUAUUUAUAACUUAGGCAACAUUGAUAUCCCGACAAACUACCGAAUACGAAAUGCAUCGACAUCAACGAGUGGGCGUGCGAAGUGCUGUCCUGCUUAUGCACGUUGUUAUGUUCUCCCCUGGCGGGUCGUUGAGCCGAUGAACGCGUUUUGACAGCACUGCUCUAGUAUAGAAAAGUUUCAUAUUUCGUGUUGGUCGUCAACAAAUUUUCACAAUGUAAAGACUUUAAUAUCUCGUAUAAAUUACAUUGAAAAUCGGCUAAUGUGAUUAAAUAAUAUAUUUGAAAUGAUUAUUGUCUAAAGACAAUAGAAAAAAGCGGAUUUGGUGUUAAAUGAAUGAAGCUCUAAAGAAAAGAUUGGGCUCACACUGGCGCAAGUCGAGUUGAAUCUGUAUUACGUUCUAUUGUGUUCGAUAAGUGCACAUAAGCCUGGUGGUGACAAGCACAUUUGGAGAUUACAAAAGUUUAUAAAAUUCAUUGAGAUCAAAAUAUUUAUAAAAGUGAAGUAAUUGAAAAGUGAAUUGUGUACAUGCAUGGCGAUAAAUUAAGUAAACGAAAAUUUUUUGUAUGCGCACAUGAAAAGACUAGUGCAGUAUUGAAGUUUAUUGUGAAUGAGAACUGUGAAAGCGAUGCGUUCUACCAUUGAAUGAACCCCUCUAGAGUUAAUCAAAAUAUACAUACAUAUAUGCUUCGUCAAUGACAGAUUUUGGAUAUUUGGUAGCUUGUGCAAACUAAUCAUGUGAAGUAUUGUAUUUAAUCUGAUGGAAAUAUCCUAAAUACUGUGGGUUAUAAAAAAGUACAGCACAAUCAGCAAUUUAGAGUACACAAGUUGCAAGUGUUUUGUCUGAUUGACCAUUGUUGCAAACAUGUCAGAAGACAACGCUUAUAAGGAUGGCGACAUCGUUUGGGUGAAACUGGGCAACAACUGGUGGCCCGGUGAAGUCACCGAUGUGCAUCGUCAACCUGAUGACCUUCUCAAACAACUAAAAAAGAAACCGUAUUGCGUUGUAAAAUUUUUCCAAGAAGAUGCCUAUGAAUAUAUAAAGAGUGCAAAACAAAUAUUUCCUUUCCAAUGCAGCAAAAAAGAUGAGUUUAUUAAAAAGGGGACUGCUUUAUAUAAUGCCAAAAAUAAAUUUAUGGAGAAGUUCCCCUCAGAUGUGGAGACCGCUGAGCGUUUAACACGUAAAACUAUUGAUUCAGAUUUGCUGAUUAUAAAUGAUCGUCCAGAUAGCAUUGUCAAGGCAAUACUAGGACCGACUCUUACACGACGUAGUGACGAUUAUUACGACAAUGAAUACAUACAUAGCUCUACCAAUGACUACAACAAUAAACGCAGAAGUGGGGAUUCUGUAACAAAAAUCCUCAACAUUACACCGAAACGUACAACAACAACAACAAACCUUUCUCCAGAUAAAGGAAAAUCAAUAAUUUCACCGCAUAACACUUCAAGUUUCGUAACGAACUCUAUCCCCAGCAGUGCAGAAACGAAUUUUUAUCGAUGUAAUUUGUGCGCUUUCUCUAGCCAAAGGCAAAAUGUCAUGAUCUUACAUCGACGGACACAUAGCGGCACUGGCACGCCAACAACCGCACAGACGCCCUCAACGUCCAAUGCACGCAAGGUACCUUCGGCUACUAUAACUUCAGAAAACGAGUGUAAGAGCUAUAUAUCUACGAUGACUUGGAAGCUUCAAUUACCUACAAUAUCCUCAAAAUGCGAACGAAACUCUUUGAGCGAAGAUGAUGAUCAAAAAUACCCUGCAAUACUCGACACCACCCCAAUUCACAUAGCAAAGUCCACAAAAAGUGAAAUCUUGUCACCGGUGAAUAGUCGAAGCGUUAGUGGCACUAAAUACAAGCCUUAUCUGCUGGCCGGAAGCGAAAGAGCAAGUCGGUCUGCUGCUGCAAGCACGUCGCGUGAGAAAGCAAGCAUAUCGUUGCGUAUUGAUGCCGAUAUAAAAGAAAUUACUUUGCCCGACGGAAUGCCGGUAUCUUCCAUAAAGGGAGAACUUAAAUUAAGUAUUGAAGACGAUACCACCGAUAACUCAUCGUCACACACGACAGAGGACAUAUUGAGAUCAUGUAGUCCGCGAAAGCGCAACAUUGAUUCCGGUGAAGUUAUGGAUAACAAAUCCACCGAGUUGAAAAGUACGGCUGAAGAAAUACGCCUACGGCUACUGGCCGAUUGGAGCGACGGUGAAAAAGAGGAUGAGUUGGUUGACGGUGUAAAACUGAAUUGCAGUCUGGAAACGCCUUCAAAGAUAGAAACACCACAAUUCAAAUUAGAUAAGUUAACAACAACCCCAUCAACAGAAGUGAAAAGUGAAAACACUCCAUUUGAUUUGGCGACACCAGUAUGCGCGACAAUAAAUAACUUUGGUGCACAAACUUCGAGUCAGACUCAACAUCAAAAUCGUAUUAGAAAUAUACCGAAGAAGGAUCGACGUGACGCGGUAUUAAAAGAAUUCAUAAAUGACUAUACUGUAGAGUUGCCUACAGUGGUUGAUAAUAUGGAGAAUGUAAAUUGUAAUAGCAGCAGCAGCUCCGAUUCAGUGGUUGUAGUUGGGGUUGUGCCGCCAAAUUGUGGCGAAACUAUUAUUCUCGAUGACAAUACAGGCACGGAUGGUGAAACAGAAUUAACGGUUGGCAAAGAUCGAUUGAACAGAAAUGAAGCAUCGAUAAAUAAUAUGCAAUCCAAUUAUAUAUCAAAAGAUACAAAUUCCGUUACGAGCGUAGUACAAGAAGAACACUUAUCUGAGGAACAUCUAAAAGAGUCGAAUAUUGAAGAGCCAGAGCCAACUAAAUGCACUGAUAUAUCGACUAACCAAAAGCAAGUGGAUAGACUUGAAGAUAAAUAUGAAGAAGAAUUUCAGUCAGAGCAACAAGAAAACGCAGAAACGCGUGAACUUGAAUUUGGGUCCACUGAGGAAAAUGUACAAAAAAAAUCGAGAGAAGAAAUUAGACAAGAUUUGAAGUCAGAAAGCGAAGAUGUUAAGCAACCGAAACAAAAGUGUCGCGGAAAGGAUAAAAGGCAAAAUAAUUCAAAGGAAGUUCUUAAUGAUAGUUCUGAAAAUACAACAGCAAAUAAAUUGGUAGAGGAAUUGCCAAACGUACAAACUGCUCAUGAAAAAGUUGAAGAACUUAUGUCAGCGUCACCACAACGCCUGAAAGAAGAAGAACAACCUCACACCAGCGCUCCCGCGAAUCCACGGACCGAUUGUUUCGAUUUUCAAGAGGAAGAAGAUGAGACUAGCAGCGACGCUUUAAAAUCUAUAGCCGAUUUUAAAAAGAAAUAUCUGUCUCCGGAGAAAGGACAAGAAAAACAUCAGACUGAUAAUUGCAUAUUGCCCGAAAGCGAACGACAACUUUCAACUGAGCAGAGGGAUCAACAGUUGGCGGAUGAUAUCGAAAAAUUGCUUGAACAAACAACAGCACCCAAAAUUUCUGAUGAGGCAUCUCUUGCGGACAUUUCGCCAACACAGUCUUUCUGUAGUAGCAAGGAGGAGUUGCCAGUUAAAGGUUUACCGAUUAAAGAACGAGGCAAACGUAUAUUCAAAUCUCGUAAUCGUUCAAGGAUUGAAGAGCUGCCUACAUCAGCAGCAGAUAAUUCGGAAAUUGUUCUGUCAGGGCAAGCAAUUGAUGCUGCUGGGACAAAAAUGGAUGAAAAUGGAACAGUGACAGUUACUGAGCAAAUCCAACUCCAGGAAAAAAAUAUGUUUAGUGAGAAAGUUGAAUCGGAAAUAAAAGCAAAUCAACAAAAACAAUAUGCUCCUAUAGAUGACGUCAAUGAGUAUGAGAAUGAAAAGCAAUCUUUGACAAUUACAGCACCUGCUUUAGAAAUGAAUGCUGUAAAAACGAAUGAUUUUCAAGUAAUGGAACAAGAUAAAGAGAAUGAAGGAAAUGUUGAAAUCGUGCGGCUCGAUUCCGUCGAGGAAACAACUAUAUUAAAAGUUAAAAAUUUAAAAAAUGGUUCAUUCUCUACUCCUACUACGACGAUGGAGGAACAAAAGAAAUCCGCUAUUAUAGAAACUAAUGAAACACUUUUAUGUCCAACAGACACAGAGAUUUGCAAUCAUGAUGAUUUACAAUUCUCAAAGCAAAAUAUUGAAAACACAGAACGAAAAAACGGAUGUGAAACCGAAAAUUUAGAGCCAAUUAUGGAGGACAAUGUUAAAGAAACUGAACAUUUUCCACCACAUGAGAAUAUUGAAGAUGAAGAGACACUAAAAGAUCAUUACAGUACUGCCGACAAUACCGCAGAUUUGGAGGAUGUUCAAGAAAAUUGCGAUAUACCCACGAGUGAGGACAGAACUACUACCGGGGAAGAAAGUUCGAAAGAGAAGUUUAAAUCUAAUGCUACACCCGAAAGAGAAAUGAUAAAUGAAGAUAUUAGUAAUGAUUUAAAUAUCCUGCUACCCACAGCGACAUUGUCUAAUAUACAUAGUGAAAUAAAUUUGAUGGAUGCAUGUACGGUUGAAAACAAAGAACAAUCUGAAGUCACGGACAUAGAGCAACAGUUAAAUAAUGAUGAUAAAGCGUUGGAACAAGAAACGGAGAUUUCUUUGGCUGUAAAUAUAAAGAAUAAUAUAGUGGAGGAACAACAACAUGAUGUCAUGUUGUUAGGUGAAGAAGUGCUACAAAGCCGUCUCACUUCGCCAACUGAUGAUAACAGUUCAAUUUGCAUAUCUGAAACGGGUGCAGAGUUUGGAUCGCCCACCUCAAUGUUAGACGAUGAGCGUUUGCCAACUUUGACUGACAGGCUGAUGACACCCACCGAAGGGUUGGUAGAGACAACACCUUCACAAAACAAAGAUGCAAAAACACUAUUGGAACAAGAAAUAAAUAUUGUAGGAGGAGAUGAAGUAAACGAUAGGCGAAACAAAAAUAUAGAAUCAAUAGACGAAGUGCUUGUACCCUUGGUUGGGAGCAAAGAAGUUUCAAUAACUAAAAACCAGAUAAUAUUAGGAGAUGUAGUACAAGAGAUAACACGUGAAAGUGAAAUGAAUGACAAUGAAACACAUACACAUGUUGUGGAGAAAUGCGAUGGAAAUGCUAAAGAUGAAAACUCUGGACUCGUAGCAACAAGCGUACAAAAAAAGAACAUGGAAUCUGUAUUGGAAAAAGAGGAGAUUUCGAGUGAGGAAAAGGAGAAUAACCGUGAAACAAACGAUGGCAAUGAGCAGGCUACAAGUGAUGUGAAUAGCUCUCUUAUUGAACAUGUGGAAAUUUCCGAAAACAAUAAAAAUGAUGAGUCAAAUAUAUCAGAAUAUAAUAAUAGUGUAGUUGAUACACCGCGUACUGAAACCGAUGAAACUCAUUUAAAUCUUGUGGAAACUGAAACGCCUGAAAUACAAAACCAAACAGAAAUUGUUGUAGUGACGCGUGAAGUACCAGAUGAGGCACAGCACGAAGAAACUGAAAAAGAAAACGAUACAGGAGAUAUUGUAAAUAAUGUUAUUGAAGAACAAAAUGAAGAUAACGAAAAUCCAUCUAAGGAGGAAGACAACAUUGUCGAAAAUAAAUUAAUUGAAGAUAAGGUGCAGAUUGAAAACGGGGGAAACAAAAAACUAAGCACGGAUGUUUUAAAUAAUGAAGUGCCUAAUGAAGAAUCAGCUAAAGUCAUUGAGCACGCACAGCAUGAGGAAUCCGAUGCAGAUGACGAUUUCAUCGAGAGUCCACCUCAUGAGCCCCUUUCCGGACAUGAAGGGGAAGGUGAUACAGAAACAUUAGCGACAAAACCAAAAUUAUUUAAUAAAACACAUAAGUGGCGUGCAACAUCGAAUUCAUCGGGCAACUCACCAAACUCAUUUUCUGAAUUUACCAAAGAUACAACCAAUAGAAAACGACAUACCCGAGCGUCGAAACAACAACAAGAGAAAUCGAAUGAUUUUAUGAAAGAGCUAGAUUUAACAGAUUUAAAUGACAAAGAUAAUACGACGAUAUGUCAAAACCAACGAAAAUCAACGAAAGUUGCAAAACGAGCGCAAAAAGAAGCAGAUACAAAAAAUGAUGACGUCGUUGUUGAAGCCAAAGCAGAAAAACAAGAUGCUGUCGCCGAUCAAAUUGGAGUUAAUCACCUGAAUAUAACAAGUCAACAGCCACACAAUGAAAAUUCUGACCCCACAUUGGUCGUUUUGUCUACCGAUACAUAUGUUAAUCCACAACCAGACGAGCAGGUUAAUGAAUUACCGACCGGCCAAGCUGCCAUAAAUCCCUUGCCUGCAGUAAAAUCUGGAUUUUCUCGCAAGCGACGUUGCGCGACAAAACCAACUCCUCGGCGUAAUGCAGUCGCGGACAAAAACUACGCAAUGGAAGAGAGCGAUGUAAAUAACGAAGAAGAGGGCAUACAGCAUCUGAAAAGUAGGAAAUUGGAGAGCCCAAAUAUCACCAAUACAAGUAUUGAAACUAUGGAAGUAGCCGAGGAGAUAAAAACUACGCCAAAUGAGAUAAGUAACUACGAAGAUGAAAAUAAGGGUAAUUAUUCGAAGGAAUUGGAGGGAUCAGAAGAAAUCGUCGAAUGUAAUGAUAAUGAAUCAGCAGACUCUCUUAUAAUAGAGGAUGACCAGUGCAUAAUUGAAGAAGUAUACCUAAAUGAUACAGUGUCAGUGCAACAAAUACCUAUAGAGGAAUCGCCAGAUAAUAGUACCACAAAAGAUGAGAACACUUCAGAAACAACAGUCCCUGAGUUAAAUUCGUUUCAUCCUAUUGAUGUACCCAACGCAGUGGAGUAUGUGAAUUACUCUUCAAUUGAAAAUCAACAACCGAUCGAAGAGGUAAUAGUAGGAGCUACCAACAUAGUGGAGGCAGCCACGGAUCUUGACUCAUUACGAAAUAUGGACGAGGGCUCAAAUAUUGCAAAUGAGACGUUGAAUAAGCGGCUGGAGUCUGCCAUUAAUCCACAACCUAAGGCAGAUAACACAUGUAUCAAUAUUUCUCCUAUGGAGAAGGUUCGGAUCAACGUAGAUGUCGCUAAUCCACUUUCCACACAAAUAGCAAAUAUUUUAGCCACAAAAUCUGCAACUGGUGCAACAUUAACAGCAACAAAGCAAAGGAAGUCCAAUCUCGAAGAAUCUAUACCAUCAUUUAUAAUCGAGCGACCAGGACAGGGGGUGGGUUCACAUCAACAACAACAACAUGCAUCAUCUUCCGGUUUAGAGUUUAUUGGCGAACAAGAUGCUGUUGCACACGUUCAACAAAUGUGCCCCCAGGUUAAAAUCACCCGAAAAGAAAAAUUGAUUGAAGUAGCGUCAACAGCUACCGUGGUAGAACAGGAACAAGCUGGAGCACCUUCCAAUGCUAUGUUCGACAUCAGCAAUAUGCCUAUAGUGCUUGGUAAUGAACAUUUUAUGUCAGCACAGGGUGAUAUGCAAAUUGUAUUGACGUCAUCCGCAGAAACAGAACAGCAUUUAGGCUCAGACGGCCCGCAGAUUUUACAACAACAAAUUAUUCAACCUGCAUACAGAACUACACAGCAAGUUUCUCAGCAACGGCAACGCAAACGAUCCACAAGUCAACAGCAGCAACAAACGAGCACCGUGGGAGGUAAUAAACACGGUAUAAUUAUAAUUAAGGCGGCGCCGAGUGAUUUGAUAAUACAACAGACACCUUCAGUUCAAGUGACCCAAUCGCAAUCGCCGUCGGUUGCCGGUGGUGCUACACAACAAUUCUCUGCAUCAUCCACCGACACAAUGACGACAUAUAAUCUCGGUUCCGGUGUCACCUUGCGUCCAAUAGCUGAACCGAAACAAAAACAACAGCAGCGCCAACAACAGCAACUUCAGCAGCAUCAGCAGAAGCAACAACAGACUGGCAACAAGACAAAACCUGCGGCGUCUUCAUCAACCGGUGGCCGCAAACACGCUGGCAAUACAAUAACAUUGCCCAGCAGUAUUACGGUGAAGCAUCGUCAACAAAAAAUUACGGAGGAUCAAACAAAUGUAGUAGGCAGCGCAGUAGCAGCUAAUGAGCAACAAUCGCAACUAACUCCGUCGACAAAUGUUAAAGGUCAGAAGCGUAAUCAUCCAACGAACUCAAGACGCUCACAAACUCAGUCGCAGAUGGUUCAGCAACGUCGAUUAACUGCUACGGCGAGCAAUUUGGGGGAACUUCAGCAAAAAGAUCAACAACUUUCUACUAGUGACGAUUGCGCGUCGCUAAAUAGACGAUUAAGUCACUCGGAAGGACAUGCGCCACCACCCGCAAAAAUAUCCCGAAGCACCGCUACUGGCUCAUCUACAUUCGACAACCACAACGAGCCAACAUUUGCUGCAACCGCAGAACAACAACUUUUACAACUGCAGCAGCAGCAAUUACAACAACAUGCAGUACAAUCUCCGACGACGACGCAGCCACCGCCACUACAUCCGCUGCACAAUCGCAAACAACGUCAUUCAUCGCAACACAAUCGACGAUUGAGCACAAAAGCCGAGUUGUCAGCACAAAUGUGCUUGCAAGAACAAGCCCAGCAGCAGCAGCAGCAACGAUUACAGUCAACGCAGAUGGUAUUGUUGGAUCAACAGCAGCAACAGGGUUUUGAAGAGCAACAACAAGAGCAGCACAUGACUGCAGUUCAUAUAGCAGAGUUAGCGUCGGAAUCGCCGUCAGCUGAAAUUAUUCCAGCGGAAUUUGAAGCGAUACAAAUGCAAGAGCAAGUGCCUGAGGUCUACACCGAAGAGAUUUUAGCUGAAGAAUUUGAAGCGAAUGAGCAUACACCAUCAGUAAUAGCCGUGCCAGCACAGUCAGUACCAGGCUACCCCGACACGCUAUUAUUAUGUCGAAAAGUAGGUGAGGAGUGGGUACCGAUAGUUGCUCAGCCUUACUACUAUACACGCUGUGACCAACAAUUAAGGCCCAUACCAAAGGAAGUACUUAUCGGACACCCGAUAUUGACGCCGAAUGCAGAUAAAACACCAGAUUUCCAUACCGCCGAAGUAGAAACAGAAGAUGUACAGACGGCCCCUGCUAAUGAAGCGUACAAAGGAGAGACAGGAGUUACCAUUUUAAUUGGCUCUGAAUUAGUACAUAUGGAAUGGGAUCAGUUUUUGGAGGUUAUGCGUUCAACUGAUGAUUUGUUUGAUUUGCGCGAUCACCUUGGACGCGUAUUCCAGCUGACGCGGGAUGCAUUAGAUACCCUACAACAGGAUGUUAAUUUGCAAGAAAAAUUUCGGCAAUUACAGCAGUUGUUAGAAGAACAACAAUUAGAAGAGCAGCAGCAACUUGAGCAACAAGAGUUAUUGCAACAACAAUUUAUACAGCAGUUGCAAACAGUUACAGUUGCUGGAGAUGAAGGCUUAGAAGCUGAUAUCAUACCAUUGUUACAAAUAGACACAUCGCAAACGUUACAGCUUAUAGGAACGGAUGACGGCAGUCUUAUACUACAAUCAGCUCUGACGCAACCACCACUUUCUCCACCAUGCACGCGCCCUGCGCUAACAAAUGCGACAAAUGCGCUGCUAAACCAAACGCCCAUCAUGUCACCGCUGGAAAAGCCAUCUACAGCGGCUAAUACAGCUUUGAUAGCCGAAAAUUCGGGGCAAAACAUCGACCUGUCCUCAGCAACAACAGUUGACCAUCUCGGAGCAAGUGGUUUUAUUGCGUCCGAUUCAGGGAGUGGCAUGCCAAGUUUGGGCGAUAGUCUGGCUGUUAUAGGAGUUGUGCCCACACAACCUACACUGCUGCCCACCACCGUAACCAAUCCAGCGAUUGCGCCACCAAAGUCUGAUUUAAUACCGAACAUGACAACGGCAGCCCAAAUGCACGCGCAAUACCGACAUGCACAGCGUGCAAUAUACAAUGAUCCUGGGAGUUAAUAUUGCCCAAAUAUGCUCUAUUUAGACAAUGUGAACAAUGGUCUAUUAGGGGAUGUGCGAAGGUCGGGGAAUGCUGCAGUCCAAGUGGGCGUUGGUACUACUGUGGAAGGUGCGGGCGCUGUUGGCAUGGGGGUGGAUGAAGUGAAUGAAAUGAAUGAUGUGAAUUUGGAUACAAAUGUGGUAGGUUUUAACGAACAUUACUUUUUCAAUUAGAGUUCCAUCACACACUUACCAAACACCAUUUAAUGCAAACAUUUCCCAUAUGUUUCUAACAAAUCUUUUAUAUAGUAAUGGCUAUUUAGUGUGAAAUUUAGUUGUAAAAUAGAGUUACAUUAACAUUAUUAUCAUUGUAUGAGUGUAUAUUGUAAAAAGCUGUAAAUUUGCUUUACUUUUAUUUUUAUAAAAUUAUAAAUUUAGUUUGCUAUAGUUAAUACGAGUAUUACAUUGUUUGUGUAAGUUGGCAUUGGGGUAAAUCAAGAUAGUUUUUAUCAAUUCGUGUCAGUGCCGUUACACAUUCUCCCAAAUUUCGCUUUCAACUCUCUACUGCCUGUUCACGCUAACUUGUUCUCCCAAGAUACAAUAACUUACGCAUAUGUUGCUCCACUGAGCUGCUCUGUAAUGUGAUCUGGAAAAGAAAUGCGUUGCGAUAGACAAUCGUCCUUGUGUGUUACUAACGACGAAUUUGUUCGAAUGCGUAUAAUUUUGCAACACAUUACACAGCAAUUCCUUGUUUUCAUUUGGUAAGUUAUUUUUAAUCAAAUCCCAUUAUUUACAGCGCUAAAUGUACUCGAAUAGGUUUGUAAAAACAUGUGUUUACAUAUGCCAGCGAAUGAAAAUGAAGAGAAAUGAGAAAAAUCCGAAUUUUGUACUGCUACAGAAUUCGUUUCGAAUUAUUGCAAUUUUUAAAUUUAUAAGCUUCUACUGUAUUCAUAAGUAAUUACAAUUACGUUACACACCCCAAAUAGUUUUCUUAAUUUGUGUAACUAAUUAUGAUAAUAAUAUGUAUUAUUUAAAGUUUGUUAUAUGAGAAACUAAACUCAUUUUCCGAACUCAAAAGAUUAUGAACACAAUAAAAAAUGCUGUUACAAAAAAAUCAUAUUUUUUUUAAUGUCAAGCUGGUAUCGUAAAUAUAUUUACAUCGUUUAUUUCAUAGUGUGCGUUUUCCUAAUGAUAAAAGGUUUCGUAAUUUAGGACAUUUGAAAUCCGAUACCAUUUCAUUUGUAGUUGUCCAUCAAAUAUUUUUAAGUUUUUUUUUUUAGAAGCUUUCACAUUAUCACGGCAAACUGGGAAGUAUUAGCUUGGAUUGCUUUUCCCACAGGAUUAAUAAUAAUGUCGGUUUAUUCGAUAUGACUUGAUAUAAGUGAGUAUAUGCUUUGUAUGCAAUUAGCUUUGUUGAGAGUCAUUUAAAAUGGAAGGUAAUUGUGCUGCAGAUUGAUUAUAUUUGGAACAUUUCCCCAAACUAAUCACGCACAACUUAUCAUCUAACGACCCAUCGCUGGUGUUUACAAUUAUAUGUGUCAAGUGACAGAGGUGGAUUUUAUAUAAUCUAAACUUUUUAAACUUUUGUUCCACCCGUGGUGGAGUAGUCCAUGGAACGCAUUGGUUGGGUCGCCAAAAUAACAUUUGUUUCCUGGAGAUAGUAAAGGUAGAGUAUUGUAAAAUACUACGAUUCGGUUAAUUUUAUACUCAUGGAAGUUUUGUGGUUCAUAUCAAUUUGUAUGUAUUUAACAUUUCAUUUUGUAACCGUUGCCCUAAUAUUUUGAGUACCUAAUUCGAUUCCUCUUUGGCAUAGCGAAACCAAUGUAGUGCGUAAAAAAGAAGUAAAUUCUGAACACAUGAAAAGUUAACAGACUUUGGUAUCAUUAGUUGAUUGUUUAAUAGAAAUAUUGUAAUGUACCAUAUAUGUAUUUCUGAGUGCGGAAGACAGGCAACGUCAGACGUUUUCUCUUGAAUAUUAGUUUUUACAAAUAUCGCUUUCAAAACAUAGAUAUCUUCCAGUAAUUUGCAAUUUAUAUUUGAAUUAAAAUUUUUAAUGCUUACAAAAGUUAGAUCCUUAACGUUGGUAGUUCUAAACUCAAUCUUUGUAUGUACAUAUCUGUGUUAAAUUCUCAGUAAAUAAGGAUACUUUUAUAUUUAUAACCUUACAUGUAAGUAUAUACAGUUUUGUUCAUGAAAAUAGAGUGAGGGUAUUUUUGCGUGUAUAGUAAUCCAAAGGAUUGUACUAGGGGUUUAAUUUUGAAAAAGAUUGUAACAAAUAUUUAUAAAUGGAAAAAUUGAUAAUACUUCAAAAUCUAAACCGAAGUGUUUGGCUUUGAGACUUAUUUAUAGGGAAGGUGAACGGUAAUCUGUAAUCUGGCUUGCUGCUAAGUUCAUUUCUCCAUUAAACUUCGCGGAUAAAGCUGGUUCUCUAAGAUUAUUUUCCGUGAACCUUUUGAAGCUUAAACGUUUUCUCCACCAGCACCAUUGUUUUGUGUAAUGCUUCGAGUGAUUGUUGAGAUUUAAUUUUUUUUCGGUAUUGAAUUUUACGAUGAAUUUUUUUACGAUCAAAUAAUGUUGUUACAACUCGUUUAAUAUAUCACCAUAAAUUUUCGGUUAGAUUGAGGUCCAGUGACUGCGCUGACAUUACGUCGAUAUGUUCUGCUGUUCUAUUUUAUAGGCAUUUUCCAUAAUGCCAUCAAGCAAUAGUAUAGGACAUGGUACGAAAAGCAAGCUCAUACCACAAAGCUCAGGUUACCGAGUUUAAUCGUUUUGGUAAUGUGUCUUAGCUGGUACUCUGUGUUUGGUGGCUGGCGGACAUACUUGCUGAACCCUUUUCCUACAAAAAAAAUUUCCAGGGUGUCCUUGCCUUCAAUUUUUUUUCCAUUAGUCUAAUGUAAGAGUACUAACCGAUAUUUCAUAUCAUUUUUGAGAUCCUAUGAUCGUAAACGGGACGGGUUCGAACGGACCAAGAACUGUCAAACCAUCAGCAUUCCUCCAAAUUACUUAGGAAUAUUUUCUGCCGCUAUAACAACAACAUCAUUUUUGAGGAUGCCUUAUUUCUUAUAAGUAUAUCGUGUAAUUUGUCCGUCUAAUAUUGUUAUUUUGUACUUUCCUCCACAAUUCUUCGUAUUGAAUUUUUUAGCAGUCAAUAAUAUUAAAAAAAAAACCAGUAGAGAGUUGUUAAGUAAGAGCCGUUUACGUAGACCCGACUGUCACAGGAUGCACCUCAGAGACACUUACUUAUUGCAACUCUCUAUAGGCUUUUUUUUUAAUUUAUCGAUUACUAACUAUGUUACAAUCACUACUAUAUUGACAGUUUCUUUUUCAGAAAACACGAAAGUACGUCAUAAAAAAGAUAGACGAAGCAUAAGUAAUUUAAUUAUUUCGUUUUUAUUAUGUGAGAAGUCUAUUUUACUAAAAUUCUCGAGUUUAUUUGACAGUUUAUGUUAGAAAAGUUCUUUAAAUAUAAGAACUGUUGCACGACUAUUUUCAGGAACACAACUGUACACGUCGCUAUAUUCCGUUGCAUUUUGUUCAACAAUUUAUUGUCCUUUUUCACAUAACUAACAAAAGUAAAUUUAUGCUAAACAUUUUUCUAUUUAUACAUAUAUACACGCAACACUUUUUUACACGCUUUCUUUUUACACGGAUUUGAAGUUACA